AUGAUUUUACAUUCAGAUCAGAUAGGGCCCCAGUGGGAUAGCAAUAUCCGCGAUUUUGUACAACGCGAGUUCAUCAGACACAAUUCCUUCCCAAAGUACAGUUGCAGAAAUCGUUGUGGAAAAGACGAACGAGACGCAUCUACUGCAGCUUUUUUUCGUCGUUUAUCUAGAUGUUACUGCGAUAAAUUAUGCGAUGAAUUUGGAGACUGCUGUUAUGACUUUAAUGCUAUGUAAGUUUUUCUUCCAUUCUUAUGUUGUACUUUGUUGCUUUAUAAAUUGAUAUCCAUGAUGUGAUUUCUCACAAACUGCUUACAUUGUGUCGCUUUCCAUGUUACGGGGACAAAGAAACAGAAACAAUUUUUUUGUGUUUCUUGAAUUUAGUCUCAUAGAAAGAAAGGAAAAAAAUAUAUUGUCAGAUCUGAGACGUUACUGAUUAAAAACGAAGCCUGAGUAGUAAACAAUUCUAAUUCAUCAGUUGUUAAAAUCUCACCUUUUUAAAGUUGCAGAAAAGUUGUAAAUCCUCAGAGAAGCCCACUGAGCUCAUCUGAAAACUGCUUUGCUCGACCAAACCACCCUACAGGCGCAAUAUAUCAUGGCUACGCAGUGUGGAGUAGGUGUCCAGAAAACUGGAAAGAAAGCAGGGUGAGACAAAAAUGCCAGCAUGAAGAUCAAAGCGAUCUUUUGAAUAAUCUGCCCGUGUUUCACGAAGACAGUCUUGUAACCUACAGAAAUAUCUUUUGUGCACAAUGUAAUGGCGCUACAGAUACGACGUACUGGAGACUGGAAUUUCAAUGCAACACAUGGUUUAACACCACGGCUUCUAAUUUGAGUACUACCAUGAACUUUCUGCGACAGAAAUGUUCAGUCAUAACAAGUCCAGAGGAGUUUCAACUGAGGCAUUUGAAACUGUGCAUUUCUCGUUUUCGGGAAUGUGCAAGUGUUAGCCAGGCAAAGAACGAUUCGUACUGUCAAACAGAGUGCCUAAGGUACGCUUUCCCAACUUGUGUCGAAUCAGAUAACCUUGCACGAUUCAGAAACCCUCAGUGUGCUCUGUGCAAUGGAUUUGAACCAAGGUCUCUUGAAAUCGAAUGUGCUUCGGGAAGCGGAGCAGCGACACCUCCUCUCUCAGUGCUUUUCGAUUUUUCUUCCUCCUCAAUGUUUAGUGUUGUAGUGGAUGACAGGGAGCAUAAUAUGCGUCAUUCCUUUGAAGAUGUGUGGUCAUGCACCCAUGAUGAAGUAUACGAUCCAUAUACUGCAAAAUGCAGGAAAAUCGUCUCAGUCGGUGCAAACCAUGAAAAUCACCCACUCAACAAUGCGGUGCUCAAUUUAAACUGCACUUUUGUAUAUUUCAACAAAAGUGACUACGAAAGGCAGCCCAAUGGAAGCGUUUACAUCAGAUCUCACAAUAAGAUCUACAGCAACUCAUCUUACAAGGUACAGGGUGAUCGGCUGCUUUUGUGUGUAAACUUUUCAAGGAAUGCUACAGUUAACAAAAAAGAACGGAACGUUCACGAAAUCAAAACAACGCCAGCAUCCUUGAGCGUUUUAACAACGAUCGGCUUCAGCAUAUCAAUGUUGUCACUUGUUAUUCUGCUGUUAACGUACGUAGUGUUUUCCGAGCUGCGCAACUUACCUGGAAAAAUCAUAAUAAACUUGGCCAUAUCUCUGCUUCUCUAUCAAAGCCUCUUUUUCCUAGCGAACAAAACUUCUAAUGACGUGCAAUGCCUUGUCGCUGCAAUUCUUCUUCACUUUCUGACUUUGUGCUCUUUUACCUGGAUGAACGUUAUGGCUUAUGACGUGCAUCGAAUUUUCACCGCUUCUGGUAAGUUUUCCUAUACUUAUUACGGUAGUGUAAUCAAAAUAAUCAUCCCUACCGGAAUUUAAGUAAUUGUCACUCAUGUGUACCAAAGAUUUCUACUCAGUGUAUAGCUUCACUUAACCUCAGAUCAGUCUUAAAAAGCACGCCUAAAUUCUUAGCAGAGUUCUUAGUAUUAUAACGCGAUUCCUAAACAAACAGAUUUUCUGGAAAAGGCUCUCAAUGACCAAAUUUUGAUUGAGUGUUUUAACUGCUUUAUGUUUCAUAAGUAUCAGCGCCCAGCAUAUACAUAAUGUUGAUUUUUCCGACCUUUUAACAAGUUUUAUCCGUUUCUCAUGCAGAUGGAGUUGCCUCAAAUCACCACGCUGACAACAACAAACGUCUUGUAAAAUAUUGCUUAUAUGCCUGGCUUGUUCCGGCAGUCGUUGUCUCCCUGACUGUGCUAAUUGAUCGUCGUCUUAAUGAAGGAUAUUUUGGUUACGGUAAGUGAACUUAAAAAAAUAUUGUGUUAUACGUGCAUGUAUGCGACUUAGAAACGUGGUUAAACAGGCCUUAAAGUUUUUCAAAGUUUUACACACAUUAAAAGCUCCAAUUCCUUAUCUACUCUGGUCAUUUCUUCUUAAAUUGAAGUUGAGCAAGUUCGAAAAUAAAAAUAACGGCUGAAAAUAAUGAAGGAAGCUUUGAAUAACACGACAGUAAUUAUAAAAUAUAGCACCGAUAGGCAAAACUGUAGAAAACUGGGUAAAAACAGAUUGAAAUUGAUUUUCAAACUGUUGAGCUUCAGUAACUUCAGAAGGAAGGUCAAAUACAUGCAAAACAUAGCUAAUAUAAUUAUAUACCCUGAUUUUUUUAACAGGGCAAGGGGAAGCGGCGUGUUUCAUAUCGAGGCGUCAGGCCAUUCUUUACGCGUUUGUUCUGCCCGUUGCUCUACUGAUGCUUUUCAAUAUAUUUGCUCUGGGACACACCAUACUGCACAUUGUUAGGACGAGGAAGGUAAUGCAAUCAUUGAAAUAUUUUUGA